GCUGGAGACUUCAGGUGCGCCUCCACGGCCCAGUGUAUCCGGUGCCUGCUCCAAGAACCAGGCCUCCUGUAUGUCUCCCCAGCCUGCCUGGUGAGUCCUGUGCCUGCUCCAAGAACCAAGCCUCCUGUAUGUCUCCCCAGCCUGCCUGGUGAGUCCUGUGCCUGCUCCAAGAACCAAGCCUCCUGUAUGUCUCCCCAGCCUGGUGAGUCCUGUGCCUGCUCCAAGAACCAAGCCUCCUGUAUGUCUCCCCAGCCUGGUGAGUCCUGUGCCUGCUCCAAGAACCAGGCCUCCUGUAUGUCUCCCCAGCCUGGUGAGUCCUGUGCCUGCUCCAAGAACCAAGCCUCCUGUAUGUCUCCCCAGCCUGGUGAGUCCUGUGCCUGCUCCAAGAACCAAGCCUCCUGUAUGUCUCCCCAGCCUGGUGAGUCCUGUGCCUGCUCCAAGAACCAGGCCUCCUGUAUGUCUCCCCAGCCUGGUGAGUCCUGUGCCUGCUCCAAGAACCAGGCCUCCUGUAUGUCUCCCCAGCCUGGUGAGUCCUGUGCCUGCUCCAAGAACCAAGCCUCCUGUAUGUCUCCCCAGCCUGGUGAGUCCUGUGCCUGCUCCAAGAACCAGGCCUCCUGUAUGUCUCCCCAGCCUGGUGAGUCCUGUGCCUGCUCCCAGAACCAGGCCUCCUAUAUGUCUCCCCAGCCUGGUAAGCCCUGUGGCUGCUCCAUGCACCAGGCUGCCUCCUAUCCCACGUCUCUUCACUCCCCAGCCUGA